GGCAGCUAUAGACGUGCCCGGGGCUCACAUCUCGUAUUGACACGGGCUUAGUGUUGCACGGUUGUGGCGUCGUGUGUAGCGUUACCAUUUAUCGCAGUAGCAAUCUCACGAACUCACACAGAUCUCUUCACUGAAUAAGAAUGGCCAAAGGAAAAGGUGGUGGUGGUGGUGGUGGUGCAGGUGGUGGUGGUGGUGGUAGCGGUGGGGGCAAAGGGGAAGAAAAAAAAGCUUCGGGUGGUGGAAAGGGAGGAGAUAAAGGUGGUGGUGGCAAAGGAGGUGGUGAGAAAGGUGGCAAAAAAAGGUGGGAAGAAAUGAUAGUUAUGUCAACAUCCGAUGACAUUAUCUCGGCAAGACUAGCAGUCAUCGGUAUCUACAUUGUGUGUUACAUGUGUCAUGUGUCCAGCAAACAACUGUGUUAUUAAUUUGUGUGCAAGCAGAGUGGUGCAGGUGGAGCUCGAUAAACUCUGUUGUCUAAUUUAAUUAAAUCUAACAACAUGCAAUAUCCAAACUUUGUGUCUCAACAUCAACUACUCUUCUGACAUCAAGAUGAGUUCAUGUCUGCUUGACUACUCUGCAUUCGUACUAUACAGAACAUUUUGAAAGGAAAACUGUCAUCCCUUAAAUUUUUCAUAUUGAUUUAUAAAUUGAUUGGAGUGUAGAACAGAUUGUUCCCCAAGGACAAACUAAAGACUGCCACUGACCAAACAAAUGCAGUGUAAAUUAUUCAGAUUUUAAACAUAACCAAAAAUAAUAAUUGAGAAGGAAACAGGAGCAGCUGAACAAAUUAUUUUCCUAUUUGAAUUAAAAACUGAGGACUGGGCAUUUAUGUUGGCAAAUCUGGUGUAUCAUCCUCUUUCUAUUUUUGUUAUGGAAACCAUAUUAAGUUUUGUAAUUUUAUUGAAGAUUAAAGUACUUUUUUUUCACA